CUUGCCUUGCCACUCGAGCCGGCGUCUCCGCAAAAUGCAGAUACUCAGGCGAUUUUGUUUCCUGUUUGGUUUGAUAGUAAUUAUCAACCUUUCAAUCGCAGAAGCCUCCAAUUUUCAGCUAUUCAACCCCUUCAACCUCUUCCAGCAAGCGUCUCAGUCCGUGCGGAGAGUGACACAGCUAUUCAAGUCAGACAAAAGCGGCGAGCCGUCCGACGACUAUGUGCAGGAUGACGACUUCAUCGAAGUAGACAUGGCUGACCGCGUAGCCUCGUUGGUUAGCAACGGCAUUGGCAACAGGGCACAGUUCAAGAACCAACAGCAGAAGAGCCAGAAGCAGGAGCAACAGCAGUCCCCAGGCCCUGGACUCUUUGGCGGCUUCAUGCGCCUGCUCGGCCUCGACUCGACCAGACUUGGUGCCAUCGCCGUCAACGCUUUCAUAUACGUGUCAGAAAUGAUUGCCGCAACUCUGACAAAAAGAACAGCAAUCAACCGGUCAGGAACGUGGAGCGCAUUUUCCAGGGAUACAAAAGAUGACGAGGAACCUGCUGGAACUCCUUUUUCCUGGCUGCUAGACAACGCCAGUCCAAAGGUCACUGAAGCCUUGAAACUGGCCCUGAACCCCGAGCUGCCCGAGAUCCUGAUCACCCUUCUGAAGGGCAGAUCCAAGCGCUCUUUGGACACCCUGUCGAAUGAGGGACCGACCCAUUGUCUGCAGCGUCUCAUGUGCCAAAUCUCGCCGGUGAUGCACGGCAUGCAGCAGGCGGUGAGCAAGGCUAUCGACCAAACCAAAACCCCAAAUCACGCAGCGCCCCAGGAGGACUCAAAAUUGUCCGUUUUAUGGCGUCACAUGCCGACAAGAGAGGAACUUGUCAAACAGGGAGACCUCUGCGAUGCAGAAUACCCUGACUGUCAGCUGUACGAUUACUAGAAGCAAACGGUCUAAGGGAAGGGAGGGUAAAUUAUUGAUGGUGGUGGUAUGUAAACACAGAUUGAAAAUUUGAAAAUAAAAUUCAUUUAAC